AUCUAUUUCACAGAUAAAUACGGUAUACGGUAGGCUGUGAUUGAUGCUCAGAAUUUGUGCCUUGUUCGUGGUUGAGCCUCGGCUCCCCAGAAAUCCAACAGGGUUCAUUAGUCCCAGAGGCAUAUCUCGCGUGAACGCCUCUGAUUAACAUUAAAUAAUUCCUCAUCGUUAUUUACACGCGGACAGAAGUUAUCUCUCCCAAUCACAACAGAACCAGAUUGCCAAAAAUGGCCGCGAAGACUCUCGGAUUAGAUCUCAACUCGAAACGCCAACGGAAGUUGAGCGACUACCCUUACAAGGAAGAUUACCGAGCUCGAUGGAACGACAACGACAUGUACCACCACGUCAACAACCCGGUCUACGGCGUCCUAAUCGACUCCGUCAUCAACUCCUAUCUGAUCUCCAAAUGCGGCUACAGCACCUCCGAAGCCACGCAGAUCGGCCUCGUCGGCAACUCCUAUUGCGAUUUCUUCGGAUCGGCUCAAUACCCCGGAAUGCUCUACAUCGGCCUACGCGUCGUCAAGAUGGGCAAGAGCAGCUUGACUUACGAGUGCGGUAUUUUCCAGGAAGGCAGCGAGUCCGUCAAGGCGGUGGGCGGUUUCACCCAGAUCUGGCGCGAGAGGAAAGACUACAAGCCGACGGCGGAGGGCAUCCCGGCCAAUAUCAGACAGGGACUACAACCUUUACUCAAGGGAAGUGAGCAAGGCCCGAGCGAUCAGGCGAAGCUGUGAUUGUCAUCCAAUCGACGUAUUCAUGAGUGUAAGCCUAGUAUCAUGAGAACUUGUGACAUUUCGGAAGGCGGA